GUUGAACGUGGAAGAAUCACCGUGGGCCUGGAUGAUCGCUCAUUCGGAGAGACAGCAGCACAGACUUGAAUGGUCGUCAUGUGUGUGUUUUUUCUAUUCCACCAAACGUUUCGAGAAGGACGGGGGCUGUAAAGUUUAUCUUUGUCAUAAAGUAUGGCAUCUUUGCUUUUUGUUCAAUAUCGUUUUUCAAGUGGAAUAUUAUGUCCUUUUUAUUUCGCAAUAAUUUCCUUUCUACAUGUCACCUCGUUAUUUGCUUUUCCGUAACCUAUUGCCUGGGUCACUGUUCGAAAGCCCGCCACUUGGCGCUUGCCAACCGGACCCGGACCCAGCGACCAGGCCCCGGUCUGUCUCUCGAACAGACGGCGCUCGGACCGGAAACGACACUCGGAGUUAGCGGACAGACCGGAACUAGUAGUUGCAAGGGUGCAAUGGAACCUCAAAGUGGAACAGCGAAGCGCGCACUCCCAGAGGAUGAGGAAGAAGAAGAGGAAUACAUUCCAUACGUCCCUGUUAAGCAGAGGAAACAACAGUUGAUGGAGAAGCUGGUGCGGAUACGGAGGAAAGUUGCCCUCGAUGAUGAUCAGGACAGUGACAGCGACCUCAGAGAGGAUGAUGGCGAUGGCCCUCUGGGACCACGGUCCAAUAUCAGCCUGCUAGACCAGCACCAGCAGUUGAAAGAGAAGGCAGAAGCACGUAAGGAGUCUGCUAAAGAGAAACGAUUAAAAGAAGAGGAAAAAAUUCUGGAGAGUGUUGCUGAAGGCAGAGCUUUGAUGUCUGUGAAGGAAAUGGCGAAGGGCAUAACCUAUGAUGACCCAAUCAAAACCAGCUGGAACCCACCACGGUAUAUACGCAACAUGCCCGAAGCUCGCAAUGACCGUGUGCGGAAGAAAUACCACAUUCUGGUGGAGGGGGAGGGCUUGCCAUGUCCUGUGAAACAUUUCAAGGAAAUGAAGUUUCCAGCAGCCAUUUUGAAAGGCUUGAAGAAGAAGGGGAUUUUACAUCCAACACCCAUUCAGAUCCAGGGAAUUCCAACUGUUUUGGCUGGCAGGGAUAUGAUUGGAAUUGCAUUCACCGGCUCUGGCAAAACACUGGUGUUCACCCUACCAAUGAUCAUGUUCUGCCAGGAGCAGGAGAAAAGGCUACCAUUCUCCAAGAGAGAGGGUCCAUAUGGACUGAUCAUCUGCCCAUCUAGAGAGUUAGCGAGACAGACUCAUGGGAUUAUCGACUAUUAUUGCCGCUUACUGGAAGAGGAUGGUUUUCCCCAGCUUCGCUGUGCACUUUGUAUUGGUGGCAUGUCCAUCAAGGAGCAGAUGGAGGUUGUCAAGCGAGGUGUGCACAUGAUGGUUGCCACUCCUGGUCGUCUGAUGGAUCUUCUACAAAAAAAGAUGGUAGGUUUGGAUAUCUGUCGUUACCUGGCAUUGGAUGAAGCAGACAGAAUGAUUGACAUGGGUUUUGAGGAGGACAUUCGCACCAUCUUCUCCUACUUUAAGGGCCAGCGCCAAACUCUGCUUUUCAGUGCUACCAUGCCAAAAAAGAUUCAGAACUUUGCUAAGAGUGCCCUUGUGAAGCCCAUCACCAUCAAUGUUGGUCGAGCAGGAGCUGCCAGUCUUGAUGUGAUCCAGGAAGUUGAAUAUGUGAAGGAAGAAGCUAAGAUGGUGUACUUGCUGGAAUGUCUGCAGAAGACACCACCUCCGGUGUUGAUAUUUGCGGAGAAGAAAGCUGAUGUGGAUGCGAUUCAUGAAUAUCUGCUCUUGAAGGGUGUGGAGGCUGUUGCUAUACACGGGGGGAAAGACCAGGAAGAGCGGACAAAAGCCAUUGAGGCAUUCCGAGAGGGGAAGAAGGAUGUUCUUGUGGCAACUGAUGUAGCAUCGAAAGGCUUGGACUUCCCAGAUAUUCAGCAUGUUAUUAAUUAUGAUAUGCCUGAAGAGAUUGAGAAUUACGUUCACAGAAUUGGACGUACAGGACGAUCAGGGAAAACUGGGAUAGCCACAACAUUCAUCAACAAAGCAUGUGAUGAGUCAGUGUUGAUGGACUUGAAGGCUCUGUUGCUGGAAGCUAAGCAGAAAGUCCCACCUGUUCUUCAAGUCCUUCAGACAGGAGAUGAGACUAUGCUGGAUAUUGGAGGUGAAAGAGGCUGUACUUUCUGUGGUGGCUUGGGCCAUCGUAUCACAGACUGUCCGAAACUGGAGGCCAUGCAGACAAAGCAGGUCAGCAACAUUGGACGGAAGGACUACCUGGCCCACAGCUCAAUGGACUUCUAACCCUAUACAUCCCAGUACAACUGGCAGCUUCAGGAAUGAAUCUGUGCACUGCAGUUCGAGAGAGGAUAAAGGAUCCUGUUCAGCUCCCUGCAUUUCCCAAAGUUGUCUUUUUUAAUCCAGCUGAAAGCACAUUGAUUCAUGAUUUUAAAAGGGAACAUUUCAUUAUUGCAGAACACUUCAGUUUGUUGAGCAGUUUGCUACCGUAUUUGAACAUGAAUACCCUGAUGAACAAGGAUCGAUUUUGGUCAACUGCACCUUAAUUGGAUUUCUGUAAAUGAGAUUUUGCUUUACAUAGUCCACAGUAUGAUUAUGGAUGCCUGUGGUGAUCCUCAUUACUGUGUCAGUCGACUGACCAAGAUAGUAAUUGUUGAAAAUAAAGACUAUUAUUUCUUAAAUAA